AUGAAAACAGUUAAAUUGUAAAAUGGAAAAAUAGUUAAACUUUAAUUUUGGGAUACAGCUGGAUAAGAAAGAUUUAAAUCAAUAACAAGCUCGUAAAAAAUAGAUAAAAAAAUAAAUAUAAAAAUAACAAAUUUUUAUAGGCAUUAUAGAAAUGCAUUAGGUGCAAUAUUAGUUUAUGAUAUCACAAAAGAAUUAACAUUUUAUUCAUUAAGUAAAUGGAUAGAUGAAAUUAAAAAUUAAACAAAAUAAAAUAUAUUUAUAAUGCUUGUAGGAAAUAAAUUAGAUUUAGUUUAAAAUAAUUAAAGUUUACGUAAAGUAACGAAGAGAAGAUGCUUAAUAAUUCGCAUUAGAAAAAUAAAUUUUAUAUCAAGAAACUUCAGCUUUAACAUCAAAUAAUGUAGAUUAAACAUUUGA